AUGGAUUGGGAAUUGGAAAUGAUUAUAGAAGUAAGCUACAUGGCUGAAUUUAAGGCAUUCGAUGACUGUUUUAAAUGCUAUUUUGUUGGCGUCUUAGAGAUUCUGAAGACAGAGUUGUUGGCCAUUCUCUAUGGGCUUCAUCUUUGUUGGGAGCGUGGGUUCCGUCGAAUUGUGAUUUUCUCUGAUUCCAAGCAUGCCUUAUCACUCUUGGAGCAUGGGUGUGGGAGGUUUCAUGCUUAUGCUGCGGUUCUCGGCUUGGUUCGUGAGCUGCUGGGUAAGGAUUGGGUUGUGAGGUUUGAUCACAUUCUUCGUGAGGGCAAUUCGGUUGUGGAUUAUUUGGCGAAGGAUGGUGCUCGUGGGACUUGUCGGAUGCGCUGUUUGGAUACACCUCCGACAGAAGUAACUCCUAUGCUUGCGGAUGACUAUCGUGACACUCUCUUUAUGAGGCGCUAG